GCCAGCCUGUUGCACCGUCCGUGUGCAUGGCACUGCAGUUGCAUUAAGUUACCCGUUCUAGUCUCACCGGACACCGCCGCUACUCGCGAGACGACGCGGACACGCGCUCUCUUCCAAUCAUGAUAAUAUAAUAAUAUUGUAGACGAAAAACAUUUUUUCAUCACUUCAUUUCAUUUAAUUUUAAUUAUUUUUUUUUUUUUUUUGAUUUCGUACGAUCGAUUUAAAUCGCACACACCGCACAGCAGUACUCUUCGUGUACAUUAUAUAUUAUGAUGGAUAUUAUCACGUAAUACGUACGAGUAUAUCGUUGUAUAUUAUUGUACGCGUAUAAUGUCGUCAUGCAUCACGCCACGCGCACGUAGUACAUGCAAUUUUUAAAUUUGAACCAUUGCUGACCUCGUGGACAUCGUCACUGUAUUAUAAUAUCGCACCGCCGUCGUUUAUCGAGAGCGACGACGCGCGUACCGUUUAACCGGCAGUUGAAGCGAAAGGUCUGCGGAUAAUAUCAUUUCAUUAUUGUCGGCAUUAAUAUAUUUUAGUUUGUCGCGAUACGACGACGACGUCCGCCGAGUGAUCGUACUAUUAUUAUUGUCGCUGCGCUCGGUCGCCGUCUACGUGGCGCGGUCCCGGAAAGGAACACCGAGCGAGCACUGGGCCGCGUUGCUCGCGUACAGCCGGCGCCGGACGUACUGAUCGUCGGUCGAGGCGCGCGCGGUACGCCGGGCCGCUAGUGGGGACUUGCCGCACGGGAAAUCACGUGGCUCGCUGCCGGCGGAACACGUUUGUGCACAAAUAUCGCGGUGCGUGCGCGAGUACGUUCCGCGUUUUCGCCAUCAUCGGUCCGAGCGACAUCCGAUCGGCGGCGGCGGCGGCUGUAUGCGACUAUGGUGAUUGUAGCGCUGCAGCUGUGUCGCACAUGAACGCGACGACCACGUCCGGCCGGAAGCGCACUCGUGCCGCGACCGACCGCGCUGACGCUGACAGAAAUACCCGCGAAACGGACAGAAAUUACAUACGCCCACGUGUUUCAGAUCCUUACCCCGAAAUGCCAGCCAGCAGACAUCAUCAUCACCACCAUCAUCAACAGCAGCAACAGCAGCAGCAGCAGCAACACGUUCAGGUGGUCACUUCCACGGCGGCGGUGGUGCAGGCGGCGCAGCAGUCCGUCAAGGAGAAGCAACGGUUGUGCACCAACUGCAAGAACCACGGGCUCCGCAAGGUGUGGAAGAAGCACAAGCGGUACUGCAAGUACCGGGACUGCCCUUGUCCCAAGUGUAUGAAGACGGCGGCGACGCGCAAGAACUGCGCCGAGCAGACCGCCAAGCGACGGGCCCGGCAGGAGGACGAGCAGCGCGAACAGGAACUCCAGCUGAACCCGUCCAACUUCAUGGACGAGCGUCCCGUGCCGUAUCAGCCGGACGCCACCACGCCCCAGUCCUGCAGCAGACGGAACAUGAGCGAGUCCUCGCAGGUAGCUCGGUCGUCCACGCCCAAGGGGACGAUGUCUCCCAGGACGUCCGAUUUCGACGACAACAGUUCGUCCAUAGACAUCGUCAACGGCCGCGACGGCGUUCUCGGCGAAUGCAUAAUCGUGGACAGCAGGGACGACACCGUUGACGAUCGCGGUAGUCAUCUGGCCGACGACGUAGACAAAAAAGACAUCGACGCAGAUUCCAGACCCAGGAUUAUGAGUAACCAAAUCGAACACGUCAAGUCUAUACUGAAGGAGUUGGUUGGUCGCACCAAAGAUUUUCAAAACUUAAAUGCAUUCCGUCUGUUCGUAUUGCAACACAACACGUACGACGUGGACAAAGCGACCAUGUUAAUUAAACGAGCGCACGAGGAGUUGAAGUUCUUGGACAUGAUAACGGAGAAGAGCGAAGCGAAUGUCGCUGCCGCGAUGCCAUCCGCCGAAUCGAAGACGGUCGUUCUCUUGACCACACAUCAGCAACAGGCGCACCACGGCCGGCAGUCCAUCAACCGGCCACCGACUUCGACGCUCAUCGGGCACCAGCACCACCACCAUCACCAGGUGCCACCACCGCCGCCACCGCCACCGUCACACCACCAGCCUGUGCAGCAGCUUAACCAACAGUCACCGCUGCACCACACACGGUCCAGUAGCAGCCUGUCCGUGGCCACCGACUACCGCGGCGCCGUCGAACCGCCGACCACGCCAUCGAUAAACCCUUUGGAGCCCGGCGGCAGCGGCGGUGGACGGCGGGUGGCCGUCAACGGAAAUGUAAUAUGCGGCGGUGUACUGGCUCAUCAGCCGCACGCAGCCGUCUGUUACCCGCGACCCAUGUACCCAUUUCCGUUGCCACUACCUAGCCCCGGCACCCUGUGGCACCAUGCGCAGCCCCAUUUCUCCACGCCUGGUUUUCCACCAUUCAUCGAGAACGAGAGGUCCAGACACUGUUGGUUACCGAUGUUCAAUCAGGAAAUGCAACCGGAACCGGUGAACUUGCAGAAUAACAACCACCAUCAACGUCGACCGGAACCAAGUCGGGCGCUGGAGAUCGCGGGCAGGCUGCAGCAAGAGCGUGCGGCGCAAAACCGACCGGCACCCGCGAACCCCCCGGCACAAGACGACCGGGAACAGACUAGACACCACGCCUAACCGAGACGAGCGCAGUCAUAGUAUACAAUAUUAUUAUACUAUAUGAUACUAUAUUAUAAGUUCCAUUCUGCGAUAUCGUCAUGAACCCGUUUAUACGAAUCGUUUACAACAAUACCUAAAUAAUAAUAACAAUAACCAUCAUUGGAUGACGAUCGGCGACGGCUGUAUAGUAAUAAAAAGCGAUAGGUAUUAAUACUUUCGUGGUUUUGUAUAUGUGCAGAUGAAGGAGACACAUAACUACAGGCGAAACGCGAUCGUCCAAUUUUUUUCAAAAUUUGUAUAAAAAAGAAA